UCUCUCCAUGAGUAGCCACGCCGUUUGCACAGGCCGUCAGUCGCUCCUGGCACGUGCUGUGGGUAGUUACUGUGCGGGUGACUUCUGCAGGUGGAGAUAACCUUGAAUUCAACUGAAAUUUUCCACAGAAGACCUGUCACUUCACACAUUUGUCCGCCAAGAUGCUGACAAGACUGACACAGCAAGCAGCGAGGUCAGCGGGAGCAGCAGGCCACCGCUGUCUGUCCCGCACCGCCUCAGCACGCACUCAGCCGCGUCAGGAGAGAGUAAACAGCGCGUUGACGACAGAGGAAGUAAUGGCGAGAGAAGAUAAAUAUGGAGCGCAUAAUUACAAGCCUCUGCCUGUCGCCAUUUGUAGGGGAGAAGGUGUGUUUCUCUGGGACAUGGAAGGCCGCAAAUACUAUGACUUCCUCAGCGCUUAUUCUGCGGUGAACCAGGGCCAUGGCCACCCACGCAUCCUGCAGGCCCUCCAGGACCAGGCGGCCAUCCUCUCCCUCACCUCGCGUGCCUACUACAACAAUGUACUGGGGGAGUAUGAGCAGUUUGUCACCUCCCUGUUUGGUUACGACAAGCUUCUGCCUAUGAAUACUGGCGUGGAGGCGGGGGAGACAGCGUGCAAGAUCGCGAGGAAAUGGGGAUAUGAGAAGAAGGGCAUUCCAACAAACCAGGCCAAGAUAGUGUUUGCGAAUAAUAACUUCUGGGGCCGCACCUUAUCAGCCGUGUCUAGCUCUACUGACCCCACGGCAUACGGUGGCUUCGGUCCAUACAUGCCUGGCUUCUCUCUGGUACCCUAUGAUGACCUAGGGGCUCUGGAGGAGGUGCUGAGUGACCCCCACUGUGGCGGCCCUUCAUGGUGGAGCCCAUCCAGGGAGAGGCGGGGGUGGUGGUGCCCAAGGACGGAUACCUCAGGGGCAUCCGGGAGCUGUGUGACCGCCAUGGAGUGCUGUGGAUAGCAGAUGAGAUACAGACAGGACUGGCAAGGACUGGCAAGCGUCUGGCGGUGGAUCAUGAGGGAGUGAAACCCUGACCUCCUGCUGCUGGGAAAGGCGCUGUCUGGGGGCCUCUACCCGGUGUCUGCCGUGCUGGCAAACGACGACGUGAUGAUGGUGAUAAGGCCAGGAGAGCACGGGUCAACCUACGGCGGCAACCCACUGGCCUGCAAGGUUGGCAUUGCAGCCCUUACUGUCAUGGAGGAAGAGAAACUGGCGGAGAAUGCAGAAAAGAUGGGAAAUAUUCUGAGGGAUGAGCUGGCAAGUCUCCCUAAGGAUAUUGUCUCUAUUGUUCGUGGCAGAGGUCUUCUCAACGCGAUAGUGAUUAAUGAUAAAUUCGACGCAUGGGACGUUUGCUUACAGCUCAAACAGAACGGCCUGCUUGCCAAACCUACACAUGGCGACAAGAUAAGGUUUGCCCCGCCCUUGACCAUCACAGAGGAGCAACUGCUGGAGUGCACCCAAAUUAUUCGCAAAACUGUGCUGAGUCUGUAGAGGGGCUGACUGACUAGCUGAUUGGCUGACUGACUAGCUAGGUAUGUUUGUAGAUUUGGGAGAGUUUAGGGUAGGUAGAGUGAGUGAAUGAGUGAGGUUAAGUAUGUUUGUAAUGUGAGUAGAAGUGAUAGAGUUGAGAGAGGGAGAGAGAUAUAGGGAGAAAGGGUAAUAGAAGUUGUUGUUGUAGUAGUAGAAGGCAGCUUGUACACAGAGAGAGAGAGAGAGAGAGAAUAUGAAUUAAGAUGUGCUAAAAUAUAUAAUGAAGAAAUAUAUUUUGAAAUUUACACAUUAAAAUAAAAAAAAAAAGAUUAAAAAAAGACAAUUAGGUGCAUAGAAAAAAAAUAGAAUAGAAUAAGAAAGAAAUAGAAAUAAUAAAACAAAAGAUAGAGAAAUAGAGAAACAGAACAAAGAAAAGACAGGUAGAGAUAGAAAGCUAGAAAAAAAGAAUAAAAUAAAGAGAAAAACAAAUAUAAGAAAACAGGCAGAGAAAAAUAAAUAAGAAGAGAAAAAAUAGAGAAAUACAAAAGAAAGGAAAAUAAAGAAUAAAAUAGAAAAUAAUUUAGCAAGACUGAGAAAAGGACAAGAUUAUUAUUAUUAUUAUUAUUAUUAUUAUUAUUAUUAUUAUUAUUAUUAUUAUUAUUAUUAUUAUUAGGAAGAAGAAGAAGGGGAGGAACUAAGAGAAAGAGAAGAGAGUGAAAGGAGAGAGAAUUAAUUAAAAGGAGGAGGAGGAAAGAAAGAAAGAAUAGAUAGAAAGCAAAGGAAGAGAUAAUUAGGAGGAGGAAGAGAAGGAAAGGAAAAAAAGAAAUUAAGAGAAUAGAUAAUUAGAUGGACGAGAAAAAAAGAAAGAAAAAAAGUGAAUGAAGAGAGAACUAGGAGGAAGAGGAAAAAAAAAAUUGAAAGAGAGAAUCGAGAGAGAAUUAGGAGGAAGAGGAGGAGAAAAUAUUAGUGAUGAUGGGUGAAGGAAAGGAAAAGAGAGAGAAAGAGAAUUAAGAGGAGAACGAAGAAGAAGAAGAAGAAGUUUUAAUAAAGAAUGAAAUAUAUCAAGAUCUGAAUGAUAAUAUUUUGUCUUCCCAUUUUCUCUCAUUCAUUUGUACGAGAGUUAUCCACAAGUACGUUUUUGUUGUAUUUGGUUACGCAUUUUUCAGUUUUAUACAUCACAGUAAUACAAUCUAUAUACAUUUUUAUUGAUAAGGAAAGCAGGUGUUAUAUUAGUGAUAAACCUGUUGAUAAAUUUUUUCAUGAAUAAAUUAGUGAAUGAAAAUUAAAGGAAGAAAUAAAAACAAUUGUAUUUU